GACCAAAGAUUCAUCUCCUUUUCAUUUCAUUGCUUGCUUCUUCUUCUUCUUUAAGCUCUCAAGCUCACACUGGUUCCUUACAAAUUCACAAUAUUUAACUUUCAAACCAUUCAAUUAAGCAAAAAAGCAAAGAAUUUGACCCUUUUUUUCCUUUAAUUUUGACCCUUUUUCUCUGGAUUCGUAAAAAAAAGGGAGUUUUAAAGAUGUUUCAGUUAUUGUUCAUGGUGAUAUUCUCCGAGAUGGCGGUGAUCAUGGUAUUAUCAUUCAAAACACCGCUAAGGAAGCUGACUCUAAUGGUUUUGGAUCGGGUGAAACGUGGACGGGGACCGUUGAUGGUGAAGACCGUGGCGGCAACGAUAGCGGUAGUGAUGAUAUCGAGCGUUUACAGCAUGAUGACGAUCCAGAAGCGGUGGAUCGAUGAUGGAUCGGCUAAUCCGACUGAACAGAUCCUCAUGGUCAAGCACCUUCUCGAAGCUACUCUAAUGGGGGGAGUACUAUUCCUAGCACUGAUGAUAGACAGAUUGCACCAUUAUAUCCGAGAACUUCGGAUUCGAAGGAAGAGCAUGGAAGCUAUCAAGAAACAGGGUCCUGAGGAUGGAAAGUCGAGCGGCUCCGACAAAGUUAAGGCCUUGGAGGGAGAAGUAACUACCCUGCAGGCAAAAUUGAAGCAGCUAGAAUCCGAUCUCGAAACAAAGACAAAAGAAAUGGAUGCUGCAGAAGCUAAUGCAGUUGCUUUAAGGAAACAGUCCGAAGGUUUUCUUCUCGAGUAUGAUCGGUUACUCGAGGAGAACCAAAACCUUCGGAACCAAUUGGAAUCUUUGGAACAGAGCCCGUCGCGUUCGGGGAAUAAGAAGAAUACUUGAGGAAAAUGAGGACCUAUGGUAAAUUUUCUUUUUUCUUAAGUUUCAUUAUCGUUUCAAUAUCAUUUUUAAUAUAGUUAUGCAAUGGAUUUGUGGGUUGCAGCAGUUUAGUUUAUAUGAUUCAUGUAUGAGUUUUGAAGUUUUUUAAGUGUGGACAGAAAAAAAAAAUACAAAGAGAAAGAGAAAAAAAAAACGUUAGAGAAAUUAAGCCUCUCUUUGUGUAUUUUUUUGGGUUGAUGUGUAUGAUUUAAGUAGGAAUUAAAAUGUUGAAUGGAUGAGUUUUUUUACUUGACA